GGCUUGUUUGUUUUAAUCUGUCCUAUGUUCCCACCUAGAGAUAAUAAAUCACGUUAAAUGUUCAGUGGAUACAAAGGUUGAGGACAGAGGGGCACGAGUUAUGUCAUGUUGCGCAGCCUCCUCCCGCGACCUUUCACCUACUUUCUCUCACACUGACAGCAGACGUUUGUGUAGACGAACGCCAAAGCACGAGGACCGAGGACUUCUGAAUACAGUUGGUGGGCCUGUUUCAUUUAGAAGAGACGCUUGGAAAAUGUUGAGUACCCUGACCCGUUUUGCCCGGCCUGCGCUGCAGAGAUGCACCUCUUCCAUAGCUUGUCAGACUUUGGGAUUUUGUGGUAGACCAGAAAAGGUUUCACAUCCAGCACCUGCUUGCCUGACAUUUAUGCAGCUUCGUGGACACCAGACUUUGGGUUCAGCCUCCCUUUCAGUGGCCAGCCACUCUGUGAGACAUGCCCGGGCAUUAGAUGAAGAACGACUGGUGGAGGUUGAGUGGGAAGAUGGAGGGCAGAGCCUGUAUCCCUUCACGUGGCUUAGGGACAACUGCCAGUGCUCGCUCUGUACACUGCAAUCAGCUCAGGCCCGCAAACUGCUGAUGUCAGAUUUGGACAUACACACAGGCAUUCAUGCUGUGGAAGUUACCAAUGAUAGCAAGUUGUCCGUUGUGUGGCCUGACCAGCACACUAGUGUGUUUGACGCAGAAUGGCUAAAGAAACGCAGCUUUUCUCUUGAGGCCAGACAAAACAUGCAAGAAGAGCUCUUCUUAAAUGAGCGCUACUACUGGGACAGCAAGCUGCGUAUUCCCACUGGCAAUUACCAGGAUGUCCUUCAUGAUGAUAAAGCCGCGCUAGCGUGGCUCGUGGCGCUGAGGCGCAUUGGUAUCGUCUACCUGAAGGGGGCUCCGGCAGAGCAAGGCUGCGUGGGUAGACUCGCCGAGAGGAUCGGUUAUCUAAGACUGACAUUCUACGGGCAUACAUGGCAGGUUGUGGACAAGUACAUGGCAAACAAUGUGGCUUAUACUUCAGGGAAACUCAGCCUCCACACAGACUACCCUGCACUACACUUUGCACCAGGAGUGCAGUUCCUGCACUGUGUCAGCCAGGCCGAAGAGGGCGGCGAUAGCGAAGUGGUCGACGGCUUCCGCGCGGCUGAGCAGCUGCGGCGCGAGGACCCCGAGGCCUUCCGCACGCUGGCGUCGCUCCUGGUCGACUUCACAGACACAGGGACGGACUACUGCGAUUUCAUGCUGCAGUCCAAGAAGAGCAUCAUUGACAUUAAUGAGCAGGGUCAAGUUGUGAGGAUAAACUACAACAACGCCACCAGGGAUUCGGUGCUUGACCUGCCCCUUCAUCAGGUUCAGCCCUUCUACAGAGCCCUCAAGGCCUUUGUGAACAUCAUGACGCGACCUGAGAAUGUUGUCACCUUCAAGAUGGAGCCAGGCGAUAUUGUGACUUUCGACAACUGGCGCCUGCUGCACGGCCGCAAGAGCUACGUGAGCCGGCCGGAUGGGGCGCGACACCUUGAAGGCGCCUACCUGGACUGGGACGAAGUCAUGUCUCGCCUCCGAAUACUCCGCAGCUCCGUAAACUAGGCCGACGUCGCACACGCAGUUAACCGUCUGAGGGUCAAGCGGCGAUAAUCCAUGACAGGUCGACUGAAUCUCUAAUUGGAGGAGUUCCAGCUUUAUCCUCCUUUUUUUGCAACACGCCAAUGCAACUAUUUAUUAACUAAUUUUAAAAGGCAAUCGUUGGGGGGAAAAAAAAUCAAAGUGAAUCACCUUACGAGUAAAUUUUAUAUUUAGUGGUUUUUUUUCAUCUGCCAUGCCAUGCUUGGAUUCUGUUUGAAGUGAGGUGCAAAGGGAAUGGAUUUCUUCUCCCACCUGAAGGAAGCAUUACGUGGAAACCAAAUUCAUCACAACAUGGUUUAACCCUUUCAUUCACGAAUUAUGAUUUUUUUUUUUUUUUUCAUAAAUAUUUUUGUUUACAUUCAUAUAGGACAGGGGUUUCACACUUAGGACUGAUGGGACAAUAUUUUGCAGCUCCCGUUUUGACAUCUAAUUGUAAUAAUAGUGUUGCCAAUUUCGCGAUGGGCGGGCAAUAAACUUUAAAUGAAUUAAUUAAUUAAAGGAUCCAUUUUGGGGAAAAAUCAAUUAUAUAAAACUAGUACUGUAUUUUCCACACUAUAAGGCGCACCUAAAAGCCUUCAAUUUUCUCAGAAGCCAACAGUGCACUUUAUAAUCCAAUGCGCUUUGUAUAUGGCGGAAAACACUCAGGUGACUUGAAGUUCUGCUCUGACACCCCCAAUUUGGCCAAAUUUCAAAAUUGUCCGAUAUGCACGUGUGAUACAUCAUUGGAAAGCUUAAAAUCUCGAUUUUCUAGGGAGAAGAAAAAUUUUGAACAGGGGGGCAUUUAAAAAAAAAAAAAAUUUUUUUUAAAUAAACAGCAAAGCCCUAAAUGAAGGUGAAAGCAUGAGAAAGCAGAAUUAAAGACGCCACGAUUUUAACGAGAUAUUUUCGCGUACUUACCUUGUUUCAAUCCAAAAACUCAAUGUUGCUUGUAUCACCGUGUGAAAAGACACAGAUGUGAAUGGCCAGGAUUUUGGGGGGAUUUUAUGGGUGAAACAUGGUAAUAUAACAAAGGUCGCGAUACAGAAAUCGCAGACAUCAAGGAGUGGUCGAGAUGUUCUUUUUCAUAUAUUUACCCUUAUAAAUGUUUUUUUUUUUUUUUCUUCUUCAAAUUUUCUUUGUUUGGAUCAAUUAUUUAUAAUCUAAAAUAUUGGGGAAAAUGCGAUGGUAACAAAAAAUACAAUUAAGCGAAGCCUUUUUACAGACACCAUUUUUAAAAUUGUGGCGUAAUUUGUUUAAAAGUUAUGAAUAUGCGAGUAAGUAAUAUUUUAAAGUGCUUUUUUUUUUUUUUUUUAAACUAAAUAUUACAUAAUAAUGAUUCUAAGCUAAAAAUGACAGCCGUUCUGAAUAAUGAAUAUAAUUAGUGAGCUUCUUUUUAUGGCUGGGUUGAAACAAGCGGUUGUGCAACGUCUGUAAACGGGGGUUGCCAGGGUAAAACGGACAAAUGUGAAAUUUUUAUCGAUUAACGGUGCACAUUUGAGACCUUGUCACCUGGGGAGUUAAUUGGAUUCUCCUCAAAAUAGGUGUGACUGUUAAUGAGACAUAUGAGAUCUUAGGUUUUCAAAAUGGUGAGUUUUCAUUCACGGACCUGACCUGGGCAGCGUACCAUGACGUCCGAGUUGCGCCACACUGCGAGGGCCCGUUCAGUACUGCUUGCAGGCCUAGUUGUUAUUCAGAUUUUUAUAAUUUAUUUGUUUUGCUCUGUGUAAUUGCUCUUUGCAAUAGUACCAGCAGUAUUUGUUAAGGAUUUUGUGUAGGUUUGCGGGCUGAGGAACAAAUUAAUGCAAUUAUUAUGUAUUUUUCUGGGAAAAUCCUGCUUGACAUACGACCAUUUUGACUUACAAACAAGAUCCUGGAACAAAUAAAUUUCGUAUGUAGAGGUACCACUGUAUGUGAAAAACAUUUUAAAAUAGACCAUUCAUUCAAGGUGUGCGUUAUACCCUAGUGUGCCUUAUAGUGUGGAAAAUACAGUAAUAAGUGUAAAAAAAAUGUUUUUUUUAAAACGGCCAUGAAUACUAAAACAUUGGAAUAAUUAUAAAUAAAAGUAAUUUAAAAAUUUAUAUAAAUUGAAAUCAAUAAAGAGAAAUUCAAAUAAAUGUGGCCCAUGUGAUUGUAUUUUGCUCUGGCAAUUUUGAUAUAUAUAUAUAUUUUUUUAUAAAUCUCUUGUGAGCUCACAUGGCUUAACUCUUUGGCUGCCAUUGAUGAUGGCAGUGGACAUCCAAUCCAUUUUAUCUGAGAAGCACUGGAAGUAAUCAUUCAAAUGCUUCCAGUCCCUCCCAGUUGAAAUGGAUUGGACGACUAUUGCCGUCAUUAGGUGUUUAUAACAUCAGUUUCUGUCCUUUAUGAACUACUACAACACCUGUCCAGUGAAUGAGUUAAGAUAAUUGUAACUUUUGAAUAGGUGUUCACAGUAGUGGUAAGGUUAAAUUGCCAAACUUGUUUUGACAUACUUUAUCCCAAAAGAUGGAUUUUCUUCUCACACCCAUGAUAUGCUAUUUUUGACUUGGACCUCACAUUAUUUCUCUGCUUUGUGUAUAUAAACUCCAUUCUUUUUCAUUACUUACCGUUUGUAGACAAUGCCGCCUUAUAACUUUCACCUGACAUGCUAUUUAUUCUUCUGUUAAACAGUACAGUAACCGCAAUGAUUUAUUUGCUCCAAAAAGGUUGGAUAUUUCAAAUGUGAUCCUGUGCCUUUUUUUUUUUUAAACCCUCUUUCAGGGGUUUUAAUUAAGAUGCAAAAUUGCUUUCAUGAAAUGAACGCUAAGGGCUUUGUUUUCGUGCCUGGCACAAAACUAAGCAAAACGAGGUGAAGAGGUGUUUAAAGUGCCUAUGACAGCAAAAAGCAUGUUUAUUUAAUAUUUCACGCUAUAUAUCAUGCUCCUGAAUGAAGUGGACCGCUUGGAUGUGUGUGGAAGCGAUUGAUUUAUAUAUUAAUUUUUUUUUUUUUUUUUUUUUUUUUUUUUUUUUAAAACCUGUCCUGUUCAGCUGUUUGACACAGAGAAUGGAAGUCUAAGUGCCCGGAUUCUGAACAGUUUUAAUGUUUCACAUGGAGAGUCUGACAUACUCCCAUUGUGAUCAUUCAAAAUACCUUUUUAUUAUGACAAAGCAGCGAACAGGAAGGGAUUAUGGGGGGACAGAAGAAAAGAAAUACAAGAGAAGAAAGAAAAGAAACACAUACACAAACAACAACAAGAAAUACAUUGAACAUCUAAACUAGUUACUAAUAUGCUGGUGCUAUCGUCAGCGAGAUGUAUUUCCGGUUUACACCAUGUGGGGGCCAAUUGGCCAGUGAAAGAGGAGAAUGGGGGUGGGGGUGUCUAUAAGACUAUAAGCUAAGUGAUUGAAAGGGGUAGAGUGUACACAAAUCAGUUCUGUGAUCUAGAACCCAGUAAUCGUGUGAAUCUCUUAUGAGUGUAAGCCCGUUGGCGACCAACCCUACGCCGCCGCAUCGCCAAUCCCGGCACCGGAACCCCCAACCCGAGCAUGCCCUACCACAUCCAGCAGCACGCAAGCCCCACCGGGCGCGCGACAGCCAUGCAGACGGGCGGAGAGACCGCGCGGGCGCCAACCCAGGGCCACGGCCCCCACCCAGCCAGCCCGGGGAGGGAGGGCGGGCGGGGGGGUUGGGGGGGCCAUGCGCAGCCCAUAUUAAAUUUUUUUUAAUCCCGCGCCAUGAAAAUGAGUGACUUCUGGAUUGAGAAGGAAUGCGGAUGUGACGUCACCCGGGUCAGUAUCUCAAUAUACAUACAGCAUUGCUUUAUAGCAUGCAGAUGGACUGCGGAUUCAUCUAAUUUAGCGGAUUAAUUCGGGUUUUUUUUGGUUUUUUUUUUUGCCAAAUGUGCUGCAGGUUUUUGUUAAUGCACCACGGAGAAGUAUGGGAGGUUUUUUGGGUUUAAAAAAGUUCCCGUUCGGUGCGAAGAUUGGCCAAAACAAGUCAGACAACUGUGGGACCUUUGGACUUAAGAGGAAGUGUGUAAACUACAUGUUUUGUAUUGUGUCAAAUACUGGGAACAUGGCACAAGUUUUAAUAAGGAGGUGGCUUGCAUUUUGUGGCUGACAAUGCUCCUUGUCCACCGACAAGGUGCCGAUGACCGGCAGCUUGUCGCACAACCCCCUCAGUUCUCUUCGCGUGCCCGCCGAGAUCGCGCUUUCUUCGGCUAAUGCUCGUGCAGCCCCCCGCUCGUCUGCUGUUCUCCAUAUCGUCCGUGUGCCCGGCAAUAGACCACUAUUCUCGGGCUGGGCUAGGGCAGCUACACGCUCCUCUGAGUCGGCAGGUUUGUCUGGCAGUCAUUCUCCAGCUUGUUCCCCUGCAACGAGCACUUCUGUCCGCACCACGGGAACGUCAAGCUGUUAACUUGCUCACUGCCGGGGGGGUUGGCAAUCGGUGAAAAUGAUCGACAACCCUGCCGCCGUGUGACAUGAUGGCAAGAAUAAGACUUGGAAACGCCACUCGGUUCGGGUUAGCAUGUCGGCUAGCUCUCACGCCUCCUGUUUUGUUUACUCUAUCUGAAGCCAGGACAGAGAAAUGACAAAAGCCGGACUAUCUCCGGUGGCAUAAAAUACUGUUCGGGAGGUGCAAGAAGUCGACAGUUUUGACCAUCAUGCAGUAAUUUUGCCCUGUCGUACUGAAUAAAUGCAUUUUUAAUAUUUCAUAUUCCAUUUACCACAAGACUGUUAUUGGUCAUGCCUAUGCCAUUUAUUUAGCAAUUGGGGAAAAAUACUUUCCUGUAAAAAUAUUGGAGUACAAAGAUUAAAACAAUUAGAUUUUGUUGCUGUCUUCGUCGCAUUUUCCCCAUUCAGAAUCUUUCCCCUCAAUGGGCUGAAUUCUAAAUCAGACGAAAUCGUGACCCUGCCGACGUCACUCACCAGCUGAGGACACUAGAGCGGUAUAAUGACAGGCAUUGCUAAACGGCAGAUUAAAAGACUAAUUUCUCAUCAUCUGCGCUUUGCCAAAUUGUUGUACAUAGUUGAAUAGUCUCAAAAUAUGAUUCUAAUUCACAUAAUAAUGCUAUUUAAGUUUUUUUUUUUUUUUUAUGCGGUCACAGGCACUUUAAGUUGUUUUGGCGUUUUCACAGAUGCACACAAGCCAAAACGGGGAGGGGGGGGUGAAAAAAGGGGCAGUGUGCACUACACUCGCCGCUAAUCAAAGCAGCUCUUCCAUUCCCUUUAAAUAUAUCACUUAUUUCAAAGAUAACCAUAGCAUUGGCAUUUAUUUUAAUCCAUAUGACAAAUGAAAAUGGAAAGCAGGCAGCCUCAUUAAAUGAGCUAGUGAAAACUGUUGAUUUAAAUGUUGUACGUUUGCACGUUAAAAAAAACUUUACAGCAGUUUUGCCUUAUGUACUUUUUCCCCACUCAAAAAUAAAUAAAAAAACACAGGGCUCAAUUAUGGACGACUUUAUUUGCUGGCUAGAGCUGUACAUAUUCUAGAAAUACUCCAAUUACUAGAAUACUCACACAUGGCAUUUAUUUCCUCACAAGACAGUAGUCAGUCAAAACCGUGACAACAAAGACCCACUAAGGUUCAAAGCUUUGUCCCAGUCACACAUUGAAUUUUGGAUUCAGGCUUAUUGUGAUAGAUGAGGUGAAUUAAAUGUAAUUGUAUACAGAUGUUUGCCAACAACUUAGGAUCGUACCAAUGUAUUGCUGGAUGUGGAGGAACUACGUUAAAGCCCAAAGAGCACAUACACACAGUUGAAUGUACUAGAAUUUUUACCAUUUCGAGACAUCUAACACUCAAAAGUUGUCAUUCCAACAGUGUUCAUUUUUCAGUAGUUCUUAGAUAAUUCAUCAUUCAUGAACUAUAAUGAACACUGUAUUGUGUCCACACACUAUUAUGAAUGAGAGAGCUGAUGCGAGUUGCCUUUGAAGGUCACAUUCACAACUUGAUGCUUCUCAGUAGCAUGACCAAUCUAGCAAAUGAUUACAAGGUUCACACAUUGAAGAGACAAAACACAUUCACGUCACACUGACGUCAUUGUCACGUCAAUCGAAGGGUGGGAUACAAAAUAAAAGCUCUCACUGACAUUGUUCAUCCUGUAAUAAGAAACAAUUUGCACAUUUAAGCAAUAUUUAUGGGUAUUACUUGUUUAGAAAUAUACAGCAAUAUGUAUAUAUUAAAUAAAUACUAUAUAUAUAUAUAAAUAUAUAUAAUAUUUAUUCCUGAAUGUUCUUAACAUGCAAUUCAUCAAGAGCAGAACACAGACAGGAAUAGAGCGAACUAGAACAGCAAUUCAGCCGAUGGACUGAGCUAAGAUCAUAAGACUACUUAUUUUUCUCCCCUCAGCAUCGCAUGACGCGGUUAUUCAUUUACACGUUUGCAGAGAGUGACAGCACAAUAAAAGAAGCACACUGUUGCAAUAAAUUCUAGGAGGGGAGGACUUGGUGCACGGGACCUGCAUGCACUGGCUUCACCUAAGGAACAUCUGCCCGGAGAGCAGAAGAAGACACAAACGGACGAGGACAAACUUCCCAUGAACGAAUAUUUACAGGACAUAACAGAGCACUAAAACAGGUCAAUAUUUACACUCAUUUGUGUGCUCCCAUGUCACUGAGGGAUUGUCUGAGGUGUUGGAACUCAAGUCGAGGCACAUGGAGGAGGCGUGGGAGGGUGCACUAGCUUGGGAGGGGUCGUGGCGAUAGAAUCUUGGCUUUUCCGUCCGUCUCCUUUCCCUUGACAGCUGCCACGUAGGAGAAAAGGCAGAGGACCGAGUAACAGAUCUGAUGUGCCUGCGGGAGAAGAGGCGGACGGUGAAAAAAAGCUCAUUUCAUAUCAUAAGUAACUCAUGAAAAAAGGAUAUAAGGUGACAUUUCAGGAUCGACCUAGUUGGUUUUAUGGUCCACAAGUUAUUUAAUAUAUUUUAUCAUAGACUUCAUGAUGGUACUGACGGGUCAGAUUGGUCAUGCACUGUGCCUCGCAUUUAAGUAGGGGGCCGCUCAUAUCAAGAGGAGCUAUUCACAAACACGCACGCAGCGAUCUAACGCUGGAUUUCUGUCAAAAAAGUACGAAAGCUGUACCGCAAACAAACAGGGAGAAUUGUCUCAGGAGUGAUUUGUUCGAGGAUUCGAGGUAAUUUGUUGUACCAUGCAUGGAUUUUGAAACCUGGAAAAAAAAUCAAUGGGAGAAAUUAGCUGCUUCUGCAUUAGCAUCACAGUUUGCAAUAUUAGCAUAAAAUUUGCUUUUAACCAAGAAUCGAGACUGUUUUACGUCCAUAUCGAUAAAAAAUUCAGGGAUUUAAGCAUUUAUUUCCAAGAAUUUUCACCGGAAAAGCUCUGUUUACAUAAGGCGGCCGCUAGCUACAUUCACUAAGAGACUAGCAUUGUACUUGGAUAUAUUUACGGAAAAUAAAUGCACGUUUUUUUUUUUUUGUUUUGUUUUGUUUUUUUUUGCCUUUAACUAAGAAUCGAGACUGUUUUACAUCCAUAUCUAUAAAGAAUUCGGAGAUUUAAGCAUUUAUUCACAAAAAAUUUCACUGGAAAAGCUCUGUUUACAUAAGGCGGCCGCUAGCUACAUUCACUAACAGACAAGCAUUGUAAGUCGACAUUAUUACGUAAAAUAAAUGCUAACUGCAGGAUUUUUUUUUUUUUUUUGCUUUCACCAAGAGUCUAGACUGUUUUACAGUCAUAUCGUUGAAGAAUUCGGGGAUUCAAGCAUAUAAAAGCAUAUAAAUUAUAUAUACAGUGGGGCAAAUAAG